AUGUCUCAGUCCAGUUACUCGGGGUACAACCAGUUUGCCGGCGACCUCAACGAGGGCGUGGACUCCUCAGAGUUGACCAUGCAGCAGCAGAAUAGCUUCACGCCUUACUCAUAUGGCCUAAAACAAAACGUACCAUGCAGCUUCAACUUUGGAAACUCUGGCAUUGACACAGACGACCUGCUGGAUCUGGAAAUCAAUGGACAGAAUAGCCAUCAGGGACCGAAGUAA